AUGGUAAAUGCACAACAGUUAGAACUUUUAAUUCAAUCUAAGCUACAACCUAUUCACGUUGAAAUCCAAGAUUUAUCUGGAGGAUGCGGUCAAAACUUUGUAGUAACCAUUGUUUCUCCUUUAUUUGACGGAAAAUCAACUCUUGCUCGUCACCGGUUUGUCAACCAUGAGCUCGAUGAAGUUGUGAAACAGGUUCAUGCGUUUACGCAGAAAUGCUACACUCCAGCACAAUGGGAAACGAUAAAAAACAAAUAA